CCGGUGACAGAGGAAAAAUAGGUUUGGUUCGGAGGGCCUGGUGACCGGUGACGCGAACCUACGGUCGAAAGAGUACAGUAGACUUCGUCCUCUUCCAUUCUUUAACUCCACUAGAAGCGGUAAAAUGGCUGAAAAAUAGGACACCGGCCCGGCGAAAAGGUUGUGGCAUGCUACGGCUUCUACCCCAUGGGUAAACUACACUGGAGCUGAUUUCAUAAUCGAAUCUACAAUCAAAGCGACGAUGGAAGCUACCCCAGAAAGUAAAGAGGCAUCUCAAAGGUCAACCCGGUCGAUAAAUAUUUGUCCAGUGUCUGCUUUCUAAGUUCAGAACCAGAAACUAGUUCCUACUGGGAGGUGGGUUGAUUUCAUUGGCUUCGAUUCCGAACACUGGCACUUGUCCACGGUGCUCGCAUACAGCUGAUUUCAAAAGAUUGGGCGGGUUCUGUUCGUGUGGAGCGCCAAAAACUUAUUGAUAGUUCUUUGUACCUGUUACCUGUACCCCACACUUGCUCCACCUACCCAUUUCCGUGGACCGAUGGCCCGUCGCCGCUUCGCAGCUCACUAUGGGUACCAAUCCCCGUAUCUCCCUCGAAAAUCGACGACUUGUCCUCUAUCAGUUUCAUCAGCUUCGGCAGCGACAGCGACAGAUUGCCGCGGACUUGAUGAUCUCGGAGCGCUCGGUGCGGAGGGUAGUCGGGCAACAACGACGCAUUCAGGCUGGGCUUGAGAGGAGAAUCCCUCUCAGUUCUGAAGAACCCAGGGUUCUUCAGGCCUAUGAUCUUGUGGUGCGUGCAGAGAUCUGGAGGCGCGUCCACUAGAGUAGUCCACCCAUUGACAAUCCGGGUGUGUUUGCGAUAAUGGCCGUCGUUAAUUGCCACGAGACUUGCAUCUCAAGCUCAAAAAUUCUCUCUUUUAUUCGCAGAGGCAUUGGAGCUUGGAGCCGUGUGCGUUGCAGUCACCAGACCGCGUACAAUUAUGAUGUAUGGAUGCUACAGCAAGCAGGUAUCAACAAGUUUUUGGCACUCCACACGAACAGAACCCGCCCAAUCUUUUGAAAUCAGCUGUAAAGCAUCUUUGAAGGUCGAUAGUCCUUGCUGGUAUUGUCUCAGAGAUACAGUUUAUCUGAUCUAUUUAACUCUAAUCUAAUCUACAUAAUCGUUCAAGUACACACACACCAACAACGCGACCAUGGCGUCACUUCGAUGUUGACUGUGACCUCAUGCGAACCAUCCUACAGCCAGUCCCAGGAACGCAGAGCUAAAUCAUCACGGAGGCUAGAUCACCACGGUUAGAAGUGGCAAGCCGCCGGCCGCCUGAGCAUCAGCGUCACAUCCUGCGUAAUGGGUCUUCGAACCACCUCUAGUACAAAUAGCGGACGAACGCGACUGUCGAAAACACCUCUCUCUCAUCAAAAAUCACUACCACGAGCAUGACAUCUACACCAAACGCGCGCGUCCUCUUCAAUAGCAUCCCAAAAGACUACCCGGUCCCCGGAGAGACGACUGUCUACGAUGCAUCCGAGACGAUCGAUCCCGAGAACGUGGACCUCAAGGGCGGAUUCCUGUUCAAGCUGCUGGUGCUGUCGGUCGAUCCGUAUAUGCGGGGACGCAUGCGGGAGCCGGAUGUCGAGUCGUACGCCCCCCCAUUCCAUAUCGGUCAACCACUGGACGGAUACGGAAUCGGGAUCGUCACGCGCUCAGAGAACUCGGAAGUCCCCAAAGAUCGAUAUGUCUACGGACAAGUCCCGUACCAACAAUACACGGUUUUCCCGAAGCUCAACAGCGAGCAGAUGUGGAUCCUGGAGACACAUCCGGAUGUCCCGCUCACGGCGUAUCUGGGGCCCGCCGGCAUGCCUGGACAAACUGCGUUCUGCGGCUGGAAAGAGUUCUCCCAGGCCCAGGCCGGCCAAGUGGCGUUUAUCACGACCGGCGCAGGCGCAGUCGGUUCCGUCGUCGUGCAGCUAGCAAAACACGACGGGCUGCGCGUCAUCGCAUCGGCCGGGUCGGACGAGAAAGUCGAGUUCCUGCGGUCGCUCGGCGCCGAUGUCGCGUUCAACUACAAGACAACUGAUACCCGCGAGGUUUUGAAGCAGCACGGGCCGAUUGAUGUCUACUGGGAUAACGUCGGCGGGGAAACGACAGACGCGGCCCUCGAGCACACCAAGAACGACGCGCGGCUCAUCGUCUGCGGCGCCAUCACGGGCUACAACGGCGCGCCGCAGCCCAUCACGAAAUGGGACCAGAUCUUCGCGCGGACCCUGCACAUCCACGGCCUGCUCGUCUUCGCGCUCCUCCCGAAAUACGUCGCGCAGUUCUACGAGACGGUCCCGCCGCUGAUCGCGCAGGGGAAGAUCAAGUAUCGCGAAGACGUCACGAAAGGUCUGGACAAAGUUGGGGAGGUGAUCCUCGCGGUGCAGAAGGGCGGGAAUACGGGCAAGGCGGUGGUGGUCGUGGCGGAGGAGUGAGCAACCCUUGAGGCCAACUGGGGUGAUUAUUAUGAGUAUCAAGUCUAAAAUAUGGUAGCCGCCGAGGGAUAUGUACAGUAAAUGUAAUUGGCUGACUCGAAUGUCAACAGUUCAGGCCGACGUCAAC